AUGUCAAACAAAGAGGAAACAAAAGCAAAGACUGUUGACUACACACCUGUAAGAUCCAUUCUAAAUGACAAAUGGGAUGUUGUCUUAUCUAAUAUGAUUGUUAAAAUGGGCCUAGGCUUUGGAGUAGGUGUUGUUACUUCUGUGCUUUUCUUUAAGCGUCGCAGCUUCCCAGUAUGGCUUGGUGUAGGCUUCGGUGCAGGUAGAGGCUAUUCUGAAGGUGAUGCUAUCUUCCGUUCUACUGCAGGUUUGAGAUCAGUGAAGGUUUAA